AUGGCUUUGAGAAGGGUACAUGUCAAUUUGGGGCACGCCAGACUCCCAGACAUGUUGCGAUGCCUCCGCGUCAGCCGUGCAAGUGAAGCAGCCAUUCGAGCAUGCAAACUUUUCAAGUGCCCUGAGUGUCCGCGUCUUAUGGAACCAAAGAUUCCCAGGCCUUCGAAGUUGCCCGUAGUGGAUGAGUUUGGAAUCAUAGUUGGCCUUGACGUGUUCGAGGAGAAGGAUGCAGAUGGGGUGAGUUGGAUCUGGUUGAACAUUCUUGAUUUGGCUACAACAUUUCAAGUUGCAGUUUUGCUUGAUCAAUCUCACAGGAAUCCCACCAGUGCAGAGAUCAUGAAUGCUUUUCAGACAAGCUGGGCUUCAUGGGCAGGUUUGCCCGAGAAAGAUGAUGAAGAGAUCCGUGGUUGGAUGAUUACAAGCAGAGAAACAGAGCUGAUCGACGCCACACCAUCAGUGAGUUCAAACACUUUCUCGGAUUUGCGUCGUAAGUUGCCUCCACCACCAGAAGGUUUUACAGAAGAGCUGAAUGAUUUGCCAGAGAUUCGAAAAGAGUCGGAGAAAGCAGCAGACAAACCAGAAACCCUUCCUUUAGUGGCUGAAGAUGACAAGCAGGAGGAGAUCGUCGAGAUUCCGGCUUCAGCCCCAGCGGAACCGCGUGAGAGAAGAGAGACAGAGGAUGAGCAUCAGAAGCGUCUUGGCCGUGAAUGGUCAGAACGUGACAGAAAGAAGAUGGUGAAGUCCAGUGAGUUCUUCAAGAAGAAGGAACAUGAACGGAAGGAUAAGCAAAAGAAGUCAAGCGGCUCGAUAGCGUCUUCACGCCCCAACACUUCUUCAAUCGAACUGAUGACUGAAGCAGCGGCCAAAGUGCCCGUUGGCAUGGAUGAGGAUCCCGAGCUGGAAGGUUUUGAGACGCAGCCUUUCGAUGUUGAACAAGAUGACUAUCACCAGGGUCGCGAGUUGACGCAACAAGAGUUGAAAGAUGAACAUGGACAUGUUUUUGGUGGCCACAUUGAUGUUUGUAUGAAGAACUACGCAUGGGGCAUGAGCAGAAUCAAGAUUGCAAAAGAUCGUAAGGAUCAGCUUGAUGCAGAGUUGAACGAAGAGGAGAAGACACUCUUGAGUUCCGGCGCAGGAGAGCUUGGUUGGAUUACACGACAGCUUCGCAGUGACUUGGCUGGAGAUUGGAUUGCUGUUUUACUUCAUGAAGCAUUGCAUGGUGAUGUUGAUUUAAAGAAUUGGCCCCACAUCAUUGAGCAGAGAGAAAGAAUUUAUGUGACAGAUGCAAGAUCAGUUUUCGAUUACCUUUCAAAGGAUGCCACCAGCACCAGCAGUGACGAACGCAUGGCCAUCGAAGGAGCGCUACUUCGAGAGACGGUCAGACGACGGAAGGCGCAUGUGCGCUGGAUUGAUGGUCAGCAGAGCAUGUCGAACAUUUUGACCAAAGCUGGAGCAGACAAGCAGGUACUUUUGGAUUUUCUGAAAGAUGGUAUGUUUUCUUUGGUACAGACUGAAAGCAAUCGGCUCAUGAAGGAACGUCAGUCUUUGCUGGCCUUCGCGUCCUUCGUGCCAUUGCCCGUGAAGUUUAUGUUCAACAAGUGGUUCUCCAGGGUCAAGGCGAUCAAGCGCUGCCUGGACCAGGUGAUCUCACGGCGAACUUUGGCGAACAUGACUGGGAAGCGCUAUGCCCUUCUGGUGGCUCCAGGUGAUCACUGGGUGCACUGGCCAGAUCGCUGGUUUGAUGAGACAUCGAAAACGUACAAGGAUAAUCAGGAGCUGCGGAAGUUGAGAAGAAAGCAUGCGCUGCACUUCAAAAAAAGAGGUACUAAGAUUGCAGUGCCAGAUGAUGUCAAGCAUGGCUGGCGUAAAAGGAACUGGGCUCGCUGGAACAAUGCUUUGGAGCGUUGGGUGCAGCACCGACGAGAUCACUAUGAGCCCGUCAGCAAGGCACAGUCAGCUCCGAAUAUGGCAUCAGGAAAAUCGGCCAGCUGA